AUGGAUGCUGAUGUCGAUCACACCGACGCCGAUGACGAUGGUGCUGGAAUAUUCAGCGUGGCCAAUGACUGCCAAAGUGAGGACGAUGAUACCCUCACUGGUGAAGACAACGUUCUUUCAGCAGUGCACACGAAGCGCACAGCUGUUAAGAAGGAUAAAUCAGCACAGGAAUUGCUGCUGACUCGCGAAACGGUUGUCCGCUCGUUCAAGACUCUAUUGCAGAUGCAAUCGUUAAGCGGAAAAGUAACGCAGACAAACAUGGAAGAUCGAACAUUCUUUCGCUAA